AUGACCGCCAGGAGGAGGCAAGAGGAGGAGGAACCCACACCGGCCUCACAGAGGAGGCCAGAGGAGGAGGAGGAUAUUGAGGACGACGACAGAGAUGAGGGCCCCAGUGGGCGGAUGGGCCGAAGAUUUACCAGUGAAGAGAAUGCAGCGCUGGUUGAUGAAGUCAUCGUGCAAUGGGAUGUGUUGUUUGGAUGUCGAUCCCAUCGCAUCAAUGCUGCCAGACGUAAAAAAAUCUGGCAGCUAGUAACGGACAAAGUCAACGCUGUAGGCGCUGUACACAGAGAUCGCAACACUGUGUACAAGCGCUUCAGUGACCUGAAGCGUUGGAUACGGGCGAAGUUUGCUGCCAGGAGAGCAAAGGCCCAGAAGACCGGCGGUGGCACUUUACCAUCUUUGAGGCUGCAGCCUUAUGAACGCCGGCUUCUGGACAUUAUGGGCAGAGAGGUCUGUGAAGGUUUGGAGGGGUCAUUACAUGACACAGACUGGAGAAACUGUCAUAUCAUUCUAUUCCAGUCUCCGAUUUAUAGGAAUGUAUGGUUGCUAUGUGCAAUUUAUUUAGCACAUUUCUUAACAAUUGCAGCACCACCGCGGACAGCGCCACAACCCACGGACAGUGACCAGGACCAGGACCUUGAUCCUCUGCAGCCCCAGGAAGAGGGUGAGGCCGCAGAUAGCCCUAGAGGCCCACAAGCUCAAGAACAUCGAGCUCCCCGGCGCGCCCAGUCGCCAGCCGUGAUACCUGUGGUGCCCCCCAGACGUCAUGCUGCUGAAGCGGGUGCUGCUGCUCCUGCUGCCGAAGCGGGUGCUGCUGCUCCUGCCGCCGCUGCACCAAUUGGGGGACCACCACAGGAGCAACCACAGCGACUGGGUGUGAGACAUGGGGACUAUAUAGGGCUUCUGACAACAAUUAUUCGCCAGCAACGCCGCCAGGAGCUCUGGAUGCGCAGAUGGUUUGCUCUCAUGCAUGGCUCCUUCCGUGAAAGCAUGCAGAGCAUGGAGCAAACCAUGGAAAGAAACAUCCAGGACCUGGUGGCAACUAUUAGAGAACUGGCUCACCAACCACGGGGUUUUGCUGAGGGUCCAGUCCCUGGUCCUGCUGCUGCUCCCCCUCCACCCCCUGCAUCUCCUCAGCAGCGCAGAGGAAGGGGGCGUGGAAGGGGACAAGGUCCUGUCCGAGGGGAUAAGCGCAAACGUCCCUAGCUCCAGUCUGUGUCACUUCUCCAACUGACACUGGCCUCUUUGCCCAUUUUAUCCUGGCAAAGAACUUCGCCCAAUUCACGCUUCAGGUGUGACUUUGUCCGUUACCCAGCAAUGGGACUGACAUCCAAACAACACAUCCCAUUGUUUAGACCAUGCUGCAUUCUCUUCACUGAGGGGUGCCAUUUUAAGAUCUAUUGGCACCCUUUCCAAUAACAUCU